CUAUUCCUUGGUUAAAACAUCAUAAAUCUCCCAAAGGACAUCUUGCAAGAUGGAUUAUUCAACUCUCUAAGUAUGAACCUUAUGAUAUUAUAAAAAGAAAAGGAAGAGAUCAUACAAAUACUGAUGCACUUUCUAGUAAUGUUGAAAUGCCAAAAAUAUCUAUUACACCCUUUUUAAGACCUUUAAUGACUAAGUUUGUGCAAUUAAUAAACUUGAUACCACUAAAUCAUAUGAAUUCUAUUGACAAGGUUGUUGAAGAAAUGGCUAAAGGAAAAGUACUAAUAAUAACAGCAAAAACUGGUCCUAGUAAAUCGACUGAUUUUAUACAAAAUUUAACAACUAAAUACUCAAAGGAUGAUGAGGGCUAUAACGUGUGUACACAUGGCUAUCUUUUAGCUUUGGAUAAAAAGUUUAAAGAUGAUGACUUUAUUAUUUGUAUUGAUGAAAUACAUGAAAUGAAUGAAGAUAGUUUAAUAUUAAUGGAGAAGUAUAAAGGCCAUGUUAUAUGUUUAUCUGCUAUACCAAUUUCAGUUCCCAAUAGUGUAGAAAUUCAACUAUCUAAAUCUAGAAACCCUUAUCAUAUUGAAGUCAUCCCAGGUCCAAGUUCAUAUUACUUGAAAUCAAAUGUAUUUUAUUAUUUAAAUAGGUUUAAAGAUAGAAAAAGAGUUCUUGUAAUUCACCUAUCAUACACACAAUAUCUUAAAUUACAUGAUACUUUAUCAAAGACACUUGGUAAAAAGUGUCAAAUAAUAUUAGGAUGUAGAAGAAAUAGUAAAUUCAUAACUUGUCCUUCCUCCCAUGCUGUUUCUAUCCAACAAAAGGGUAGAACAGGUUACAUGUAUGAUGGAAUAUAUGUUCAUUUAUAUGAAAAUUAUAUAGACACACCUUUCGAUCUAUCAAUAUCAUUUAUGUAUAAUUAUCUACACUUAUUUGAAUAUUAUUGGGGUAAGAAGCCAUUAUAUUUCUUCUCAGAAACUUCAAUAAGUCCAAAAAUACCUUCAUGUUAUAAUGUACUAUUAACUAAUUCUGAUAUUGGUAUUUAUCUUGAAUUAGUUUAUUCAACAAAUGUUAUCGAUGCUGAUUUAUUAUAUUCAAGAAUAUUAAGUAAGAGAUAUAAUGCAAACACAUUUUAUUACUCAUCCAUUAAUGUAGUAACUCCAAUCGAACAGGAAACGGGCAAGAUUGAUCAUAAAAAAAAAAUUAAAAAACAGCAAGGAAAAACAUGUAUAUUAUAUGCAAAGAAAAAUAGCUACGCACUUGAAAGUGAAGAUAUAAAUAAUCAUAGCUUAUCAUAUAGUAUUUGUAUUCAUGAAUCAGACAGUAAAUUAAAAAUCUGUUGUAGCUAUUUGGCUCACAAUUCAGAUUAUAAGAUGCCUGGUGCAUGGUGUUCAUUUGAUA